GGAAAUGAAUGCUAGUCAGCUGACAAAUAAGCUUACAUUGGCUUAUGAAUAUUAAUUAUGUUUCUCGCGAUUGAGGAAGGUUGGCAAGAAACGUCGGCUUGACCUAAUUAAUAUUCAUAACCUAAAGCUUUGCCAUAGUAGGAUUCAGACGGCAGCAGCAUCUCGGCGAAGAUUGGUUCAGGUACCCGCACUACCAUCAACCAUAGCUUCCCGUAGCCUACAAUGCGGAUGGACACUUAAGUAACAUCAGAUCUCGACUGAAAAUUCUGAAAGGAUUUUGCAGAUACUUGUAUGGAAGCCGAGGCUGCUGUGGUAAUGCUGCCUCCCAAAAACUGCAUCCCCAGAAACUACAGUUGUAUCGCUGGGCUGUUCGGAAGCUUAGCAGCAGAGCAAAAGCUGGAGGACGGAGAAGAGAUGGAGGGAGAGGAGGGCAAGAAUGGGGACUGUGAGUCGUUAGAAAUCAGCGUAGUGAACGAAAAACCGAGAGGAAGGGAGUCGUCCCUGAAGCCCCCGUAUAGCCCGACACAGCGCCGCAGGUGCAAGUCUCUCCCCACAUCAGCUGAAAGAGCCAAAUUAGAGAUCGCACGAAGCCGGAGCCCAAGCAGUCAGAAAAAGGUACGUUUCGCUGACUCUCUGGGCCUGGACCUGAUUUCUAUCAAACACUUUGAUGACACGGAUAUGCCUGAGGUACCAGACCGCAUUAUUGACAAAUUUAAAAAAGCCAGAGCGCUCCACUUGAACAAUUUCGACAAGUCCAACACAUCAAGCCAGUCCGUAUUUAUGGAGCUGCUCUUCACAAAUCCAGGAUCCCUGCCAGACUUCCUUGACAGAGUUUCUGCAGUUAAGGUUUUAUUGGAGUCUGUUCAGGCUGAUGAGUUCAGCCUCUCGGGUGUCGUGCGGGUUCUUAACUUGGCUUUCGAAAAAAAAGUCUAUAUGAGGUACACCUUAAAUAACUGGAUGACAUUUAUGGAUAUUCUGGCGUCUUACGUCCCCCAUUCCAGCGACGGGCAGACUGACAAGUUUAGCUUCAAAUUAAUCACCCCGACCUUUCUGGAGUUUGGAGGAACGCUGCAGUUUGCCAUCAAGUACUGUGUCGUGGGAGGUGAAUUUUGGGACAACAACAAUGGGAAUAAUUACAGAGUAAGAAGGCACAGAUUUAAAAUUUCUCCUCCGAGGGAAUGGGAAAACGGCUGGAUCCAUUUUAUUUAGUGCGCGCUUCAGCCUUACCGCUAUGGCGAUGCCUGCUCAUGAAUAUUAAUUUGGUGACUUCCAUCGAGGAAUUGGCUAAGUAAUAAUCAUGAGCUAAUUCUUGACCAUAGUAGGAUUAGUAAUCUCUCCAGCAGUGUACCCUGAUUGACCUUCCUUGAAAAACGUAUGUAGCAUAUCACAUAUUCGUAAAUGUAACACCGCACUGUCUGUGCUAUUGUCAUUGCUUAAAUAAUGGUAGAGCAUAGAAAAUUAAAUUGACAUCAAAAAGGUAACCACUCACAUGUAACAUUAGCCAUAUUUCCAUCGUUGUAAUACACUGAUUGUUUAACUGCAGUACAUGGAAGGCCAUGGAGACAAGACCCCUGUUGCAUUCAUUAAAAUGAGCAGCAGCAUUUUAAUGAAUCCAUAGCUUCAAUGCUGUAAUAGGAUAUUGUGUAAUAAUUACAUAAUCCAACAGUGAGCCUGUUCAAGUGAAAUCAUGGUGCUUCAGCAUCACUGUGCUUGUUUUACGUCAAACUGCAGCUAAGGGUUUAGGCUACCUAUGAGGCAGCUUUUUGAUACAAUAAUAAAUCAAACCUUUAGAAGAGUGUAUACCUUGGGUCAAUGUAAAAAUUGCAACCUGUUCCACCCUGCCUGCUGCGAGCAGGCCUUGGACAAGUGCCUCUUUAGGCCAGGGGAAUAAGGAUUACCUGCAUAGCUCUUACAGAGACAGAGCAAAAGUCAAUUUACAGAGCUGCUGAGGUGUUUUGUUUAGCAAUCCAUCCAUGUGCAGCAAUUAAAUAUUGUGUACAAUUUCUCUUCCUCACAAAAUAGUGAACAGCCUGCAUGUUUUCUUUUACUUUUCAAGUCAUCAAAAAUUUACCCUGUUUAUAUUUUUAAAAUAUAUAGUAGUUGGUAUAGUCCACUCAAAAUUUUAAAUUUUCUUACCAUUUGCUCACCCUCAUGUCAUCCCAGAUGUACACGACUUUCUUUAUUUGGACACAACGAUUUUUAGAAAAAUAUUUUAUCUUUUAAACAUUAACACAUUAACAAAAGGGGUCAUUUUUUGGGUGAACUAUUCCUUUAAUGCAUGUUACUGGUCUUAUUGUGAACAAUUCAUCCUUGCAUGUUUGCUUUUCUAGUAAUAUGCUUACUUGUCAUCUAAAACGCAGUUAAGUUCAGUGACCAUUCCAGUUGGAAACACAUACUUUACACAAUCCAGUCAACAACUUAUUGAUAAAAUCAAGUCCUAACAUUUUUUCUUGCCCAUUUUCACUCUGAAAUGUGUCACAAUAUGAUUAGUAGAGUCAGUCACAACUUCUGUUUCAGAAAAUGCUUUUGUAUUUAAGGCCAUGAUUAAAUAAAGUUCUGUUAACAUCUAAACCACAUCAGUCUUAUAAUUACUAUUAAGCUUGUAUAUAACAGUUUAUAGGUGAUAAUUUUUUUUUUAAUUUAAUUUAAUUUUAAUUUAUAGGUGAUAGGUAAUUGUUGAAGAAGGAAGGUGUGGCUUACACUGCAAGUGUUUUGCAAUGUGUUGCAUCUUUCUCAUGUCCAUUUCAUAAUUUUUGACUUUUCAUUUAAAUCACUUUUUUCAUACCUUCCCCCAUCAGCAAUGACAUAUCACAUAUCACCUAAAAAUAAAC